AAGUGUGGUUGUCCAUUUCCUGUGAAGACUUUUUGUCUGCUAAUGUGAUGAGUAGAACUAGAAUGCGAAACUCAAUGCUCACUAUUGAGGCUAGUCAUUGGUACAUCACAGGAUAUCUCUCAUUUUUCUUUCUCAUUCUCUGUCUUUGAGUUUAACUUUUUAAAGGUUAGAUUUCAGUGCAUGUGAGGCCAUGAAGCGAACGAAGGGGAAAGGUCAGGAGAGUUUUGGCUGCUCUCUGCUCAGUCCACAAGAGAACGAGAGACUGGAAGAUCUGCUGGGCAGGAGGUGUGUGUCUCUGUCCUCUGCUGUUGUGCAGUUGCUUAUGGCUCUGCCGAGUGAGCCGACCCGCUGGACCCUGCAGCAGUCUGGAGUAGUUUGUUUUGUUAAGGACAGCCCACAGCGCUCCUAUUUCAUUCGUCUUUAUGACAUCAAGGCAGGGAAGCUGGUGUGGGAACAAGAAAUCUAUAAUCAACUGAUGUACCAAAGGGUCGAGCCAUUUUUUCACACAUUCCCUGGAGACGACUGUCAGGUGGGGUUAAAUUUUGCAGAUUUAACAGAGGCUGACAUUUUUUUCACUGUAGUGGAGGAGAAGAUCAGCCAGAGAAAUAAUCGCUUUGAGAAACAGCAUAGAAAAGGAUCUGUAUCUAGAGAUCAUGGAGCUUUGCCACCACUUCCUCCACCCACUGGCUCUAUCACUCCUACUAUGCCUCCAAGUGUGCCUAUUACUGUCCAGAACCAAAUCAUUCCUACCAAAUCAAAGAAAGAGAAGAAAGAGAAAGAAAAGAAAGAAAAGAAAAAUAAGAAGAAAGGAUCAAAACUGUUGAAGGGAGAUAUCGGAGCACCCAGCGGAUUCACGCAUGUCAGUCACCUUGGCAUGAGUUCCAACAGUUUGGACCCUGACUUGAUGAAACUUCUGUCCUGCGCUGGGAUCAGCGAAGCAGAUUUGAAAGAUUCAGAAACCUCUCAGAUGAUCAAUGAUAUCAUUGAGCGUUCAGGUGGAAUGGAGGCUGUAAAAAUGGCCAUGAACCAGCAGGAGUCUGCUCGCCCUCCAAUCCCUGGUGGUCAUCGUGGUUCUCUUCCCCAAGUGCCUACUGGGCUCUCCUCAGCACCUCCUCCCCCUCCAGGUCGAACAGGGCCCCUACCACCAGUUCCUGGACAAAUUCAAUCCUCUGGUCUUCCACCAACACGUGGUUCCCUUCCACCUACACCUCCAAGAGGCCACAGUGGGUCUCUACCAGCAGUUCUUUCACCACAGGCCCCUGAGGGCCGCAGUGGUCCUCUUCCCCCACGAUCUGCAUCAUUAGGGCCCCAGCCACCCAUUCCAGUAGGGCGGAAUGGGCCCUUACCUCAACUCCCAGUGGCACGCAGUGGACCCUUACCUCCACCCCCUGGAGGUCGGAGCGGACCCUUGCCACCACCUCCAGGAGAACGCAAAGAGUCUUUAACUCCAGUUCAAGGAAGGAGAACGGUAACUCCAUCCACCGAAAGGCGAGGUAGUGUUUUGCCACCCCAACCUGCUGCAAAAUCUACCCCACCACUACCACCUGGAGCGAGGAGCGGACACUUACCUCCACCUCCAAGAGACAAUAGUGGAUGCUUGCCUCCUCCACCAUCAUCUGAAAUGCUAUUCCCGCCUCCCCCAUCGGAUUUCUUCCCUCCUCCACCUUGUGAAUCAUUCCUCCCUCCUCCACCUGAAGACUUAUUUCAUUCUGUGCCUCCACCCCUUUCCUCUGAAUCCAGGUUUCCUCCUCGAAGUAAUCACCAGCAUUCAUCUGGCUUCACCCCUCCACCCUCAGCCAAACCCAGCACAGGUGGUCCACCUCCACCACCUCCUCCGCCUCCCGCUGCCCCUCCUCCGAUGAACAUUGUCAGCACCCCUUCUCCUCUAUCUGGGAAAACUGAUCCUCCCCCUCCAGCAUCCAGUUGUGGGGUAGGGGGUAGGGAUACAUUACUUAACCAGAUACAAUCAGGGAUGAAGCUCAAAAAGGUGACCACCAGCCCUGAACCGCCAUCACCCAUACAGGAAACAGAAGGAAUAGUUGGAGCUCUCAUGAUGGCAAUGCAGAAGAGGAGUAAAGUCAUCCACUCCUCAGAAGAAGAAGAUGAGUUUGAUGAUGAUGAUGAUGAUGACGAUGAAGAGUGGGAUUAAUCCUAGUUUUAUCAGAAACAAAUAGCAUUGCACAAACCUGGGCAGCUUUAGCAUGUUGUAGAAGUAAAUAAACACUGACCCAAUGAGUGGUCUCUCUAGCCUAAAGGGUUCUCAGACUCACAUGUUUUCUAUGUGCAUUCUACACAACAGAUGUAUAGAAAAGGUUAUCAAACGAAGCAGAAACAGCAAAUUGCUUAAGUCAAUGUGAAAUAUAUGAUUUAUUGAUUGCUUGCUGAAAUGUACUACUGCACACUUGGCAAGGUUUAUGGUACGUUUGGUGUACACACUUCCCUAGGCCAGACAGUGAAUGGAACAAGUAGCAAAUAAAAGUGUACAAUUUAUAACAGGUUUGUUAAUUUGUUAGUUAUUUAGAUGAUGGAGAUUAUUUCUAUUACAGCAUCAAGUAUCUACCAGUAAAGAAUGUAUUUACCAUAUGUAAAUAUACUCUGAUUUUAAUGUGAAUCAAAAAAUGAAUGUACUGCACAGAAUUUACUGCUCGUUAUUAUUUUUUUGUCUGACAACAUCUAAGAACAAGACAGAACAUUUCACAACUGGACUAUUCUACUGUUUUAUGUAAAAAAAAAAAAAAAAAGGACACAACUAUUGCGCAGUUUAGUUCCAUAAAGAUAUUUCCAGUGUUCAAUAUUAUCAGAGAGAACCUAUGAUCAUUUUCUUUUAGGGUGAUGGCUCAACCUGUCAUAAAGCAUGAUAUUAAAUGCACAGUAAACAAUUGUUAUCUCUUAAA